AUGAAUAGUUCUGUCGAAGAAUCGCUGAAAUCUCUGUCGAUGGAUUACCUAAACCUCUUGAUCAACGGCCAAGCUUUCUCCGACGUCACUUUCAGCGUCGAAGGCCGUCUAGUCCACGCUCACCGCUGCAUCCUCGCCGCUCGUAGUCUCUUCUUCCGCAAAUUCUUUUGCGGAUCUGAUCCUUCACAAACCGGAGAUGGUAACCAAACCGGAUCAGGAGCCAGAGCAGCCGUUGUAGGAGGGGUCAUACCAGUUAACUCGGUCGGUUACGAAGUUUUCUUACUUCUACUUCAGUUCUUGUACAGUGGUCAAGUCUCAAUCGUACCGCAUAAGCACGAGCCAAGAUCGAAUUGUGGAGAUAGAGGAUGCUGGCACACGCAUUGCACUGCAGCCGUUGAUCUCUCUUUAGAUAUCUUAGCCGCAGCUCGUUAUUUUGGCGUCGAGCAGCUCGCUUUGCUUACUCAGAAACAUUUGACAAGCAUGGUGGAGAAAGCCUCCAUUGAAGAUGUGAUGAAAGUGCUAAUAGCUUCAAGAAAGCAAGACAUGCAUCAAUUAUGGACCACUUGCUCCUACCUAGUCGCAAAAUCCGGUCUUCCACAAGAGAUUCUAGCCAAACAUCUCCCAAUUGAACUCGUAGCCAAGGUUGAGGAGCUUCGUCUCAAAUCUUCCAUGCCUCUCCGUUCCUUAAUGCCUCACCACCAUGACCUAACCUCAGCUCUAGAUCUCGAGGACCAGAAGAUCAGGAGGAUGAGACGUGCAUUGGACGCCUCAGACGUAGAGCUCGUGAAGCUAAUGGUAAUGGGAGAAGGACUUAAUCUAGAUGAGUCCUUAGCUUUGAUUUACGCCGUCGAGAAUUGUAGUAGAGAGGUUGUGAAGGCACUUCUUGAGCUUGGAGCUGCCGAUGUGAACUAUCCCGCCGGUCCCACCGGAAAAACCGCCCUUCACAUCGCGGCUGAGAUGGUUUCUCCGGACAUGGUGGCUGUCUUACUCGACCACCACGCCGACCCAAACGUCCAAACAGUCGAUGGAAUCACUCCUCUUGACAUACUUCGAACCCUAACGUCCGAUUUCUUGUUCAAGGGGGCAAUUCCUGGAUUGACUCACAUUGAGCCUAAUAAGCUCAGGCUUUGUCUCGAGCUGGUCCAGUCCGCGGCGUUGGUGAUCUCUCGCGAAGAAGGAAACAACAACAGUAGCGAUAACAACACUGUGAUCUACCCUAGGAUGAAAGAUGAACACACGAGCGGAAGCCAAGGAGGAAGUCAUUUGGAUUCAAGAUUGGUUUAUCUCAAUCUUGGAGCUACAAAUCAUGAUAUUGGGGAUGACCAUAGCAAUCAAAGAGAAGGAAUGAACCUUCAUCAUCAUCAUGACCCGUCAGCGAUGUAUCAUCAUCAUCAUCAUCACCACCAUUUCUAG